UAUAUAUUAUACAAUUAACAUUUUCACCAACCUUGUGCUGACGUCAGGGGUUAAGAGUUGAAAGUUCAAGCUGGCGUUUUGCAACAUGAUUAUUUAAAUGCUGUUGUAACAACGUCUAGAACGGCGGCUUUGGGUAGAAACUGCGGGACAAAACAUGUUACUUUCUUCGAUAAGGAUAACGUUAACAAAUGGCUGCAGACGCGCCGGAGGAAUUCAACACAGUAACUGUGCCAAAUUACGACAGUGGCUAGCGCGAAGGGGCCAGAGCACCAUUACAGCCGAGGCAGGAGCUUCAGCCUCCCCAUCAUCAUCAGCAGCAGCAGCAGCCGCCGCCGCCGCUAGUGUCCCCAAUGCAGCCACAAACAGGAUCGUAGGUCGCUGGUUACUUGGCUGCAGCGGUCUUGUUGUCGGCGCUGUUGUUCUCGGUGGCGUCACACGACUAACAGAAUCUGGCCUGUCCAUGGUCGACUGGCAUCUGGUGCGAGAGAUGAAGCCCCCUCAGUCGCAGGCAGAGUGGGAGGCCGAGUUUUCCAAAUAUCAGCAGUUUCCUGAAUUCAAGAUAAUGAACCACAACAUGACUCUGCCAGAGUUUAAGUUCAUCUUCUACAUGGAGUGGGGUCAUCGUAUGUGGGGAAGGCUCGUAGGUUUGGCCUACAUCCUUCCCACUCUGUACUUCUGGAGGAAAGGCUACUUCACUCGCUCCAUGAAGGGAAAAGUUCUCGGUCUAUGUGGAUUUGUCUUCUUCCAGGGCCUGUUGGGUUGGUACAUGGUCAAAAGUGGUCUGGAGGAGAAGCCAGAGUCACAUGACAUCCCACGGGUCAGCCAGUAUCGACUGAGUGCUCACCUCGGUUCUGCCUUACUCCUUUACUGUGCCAGUCUGUGGACCGGCCUUACGCUACUGCUGCCUGCUCACAAGUUGGCAGACACCAAACGCCUCAUACAGCUGCGAAGGUUUGCCAAGGGAACUGGUGGACUCGUCUUUCUUACAGCUCUUUCAGGUGCUUUUGUUGCCGGUUUGGAUGCGGGCCUGGUGUACAACUCCUUCCCUAAGAUGGGAGAACGCUGGGUCCCUGAUGACCUGUUGGCCUUCUCGCCCACCCUCAAGAACUUCUUUGAGAACCCCACAACUGUGCAAUUUGACCACAGGAUCUUAGCGGUCUCAUCUUUGACGGCCAUCACUGGGCUGUAUCUGUUUUCUAGAAGGAUGGUGCUGCCGAGGAGAGCCAAGAUAGCAAUCAGCCUCCUCACAGCAAUGGCAUACGGACAGGUUGCACUGGGAAUCAGCACAUUACUGCUGUACGUGCCCACUCCUCUGGCAGCGACUCACCAGUCUGGAUCUGUGGCGCUACUCUCGCUGGCCAUUUGGGUUCUGGCCGAGCUCCGUAAGAUGCCCAAAUAAUGAUGGGCAAUUUUUUUUCCUGGACUAUUAACUUCUAAAACCUGGGACAAUCACUGGUUUAUUUUAAAAUAAGGUCAACAAGCAAACAAAUGAAUUGGAUCUCUAUGCACACAAUCUGCACUCAUUUCUUCAACUUCAAGCACUAGAAAAGUUAGAUUUGAAUAAUGGUACCGUAUUUCCUCAAAAAGAUGACCCAGCCCAUUUGCACCCCAUUGCUAACCAAAACAGCAGCAUCUGCAAAGCAUGUUAACAAUCUCUUGUCGUAAACAAGUUUCUUGUGCAGCAUCGAAGAAUAUUUAUUGACAAUUAGCUUUCUACAUUGUUGUGUGGAUCUAUGUUUUUGUUUCUGGCGAGGUAGAAGACUCAUUCAUUCAUAUUGUUGAACGUAAUUAGGUUUUAAUUAUACAUUAAUUUAACUAAAUGUAAUAAAUUCAAAUCCACAUAUGAAAAAUUUUUAAUCCGUGUCCUGAGCCUCUAUUUGAGGAAAUAAGGUAUCAAAUGGCAGCAUUUAUUUUCACAGCAGUAUAAUUUCACAUUUUGUAGCUAAAAUGGGGGCCAUUAUAAGACAAAAUUUUUCUGUGAACCCACUUUUACUUGUUUUGAAUGUAAUUGCUGAGCUAUUAUUAUUUCUCUCCACUAUUCAACUGCCUAUGUGCUGAACAAGAUGUGGCUCUUGAAAUUAUGACUAUAAAAUGUAUAUUUUGAAUCAUGCCGCUUCUUGCUGUCAAAAUUAUGGAUAGAUUUUUUUUUGUUAUUCCUUGUAUUAUUUCAAUAAAAUGUACAGUCUGAAAACAACCGUCGCCC